AGAGAGAGAGAGAGAGAGAGAGAGAGAGAGAGAGAAAGAAAGAGAGCCGCUCAUUCCACCAGUAUGCAGCAGCACGAGCUGGCCGCCUGUGUGGCGCUGUCCACCCGCGUGGUUCUGAAACACGCUCUAGAGCUCAGUGGCAGCAUGCUCCCCCCUCUCCAUCUACAUCCGUGGCCUUGACGAGCACGGAUUAACCAAUAGCAAAGCUGAUGCAUUAUUGUUUUCAUAUGAAGAUACAUUCGUUGUAGUAUUGUGAUAUGAUGUAGGUUACAGCUUGUGAUUGUGUAUAAUGGUUAAUGGUAUCGAGUUUAUUUAUAUAUGUAAUCUCUAUUCAGCUCUCAGGUAAUUAGUUCAUGUCAUGGAAAUAUUACAGUGGAGUGAAUGAGUUCCAGGGUCUAACACAUCAGAUAUGAUUGACCAGUUCCUGGGUCCCAGGGUCUGUGUGUGGAGAGAGAGAGAGAGAGAGAGAGAGAAGCAUGUCAUCAGAGCAACCCUUUUCCUUUGCUCUCCAGACCUCCAUACGGGUAUUUUUUUUAAACCGGCUGUGCGAUGUAUUAUUAUUCUGAGCCACGUGGGUUGCUUUGACGACAUACUCCUGCUGCGCUUGCUUUCUUUUACCACAGGACGGCAACGGAGAGCCUUUGUCACCCACACAGAUAUCAGGAAGCAUUGAAACGGUGGGAAUGCAUAUAGAAUACUUCGAGAAUAAUGCUGUGUUGUGUGUGUGUGUCCUUACAGUCCCCGCGGUUCCAUGAGUUGUUGCUUAAUCCGUUUUUAAAAGGUCAUUUUGCUGUUUGCUGGAGGAAUCUGAGAUGGAAGGGAGUUCCAUACGAUCAUGGCUCUGUAUAAAUCUGUGCGUUGCCGUGAAUUCGUUUUGGACAUGGGGACUCUGACGAGACCCCUGGUGGCAUGUAUUGUGGGGUAUAGAUGGGUGUCUGAAAGGCUACUAAUACUAAGUGAUAUGAAUAGUAUAGUAGCAGUACUAAUAGUAUUACACAUUAAAUGGAGUACUGUUUUUCUCUCAUGUUGAAUUGUUAUGGUGCUUCAUAUGUUUCCCAAUAGCUCGUAUUUUCACUGUAUAGCUUUAAAUGACUGGUAAAAUCCUGAUUGGUAGCUUGUGUUAGGCGCUGUGCACCAAUAGCAUGCGGAACUGUACAAAGAGAUCUACUCCCUCCCCCCAGCCUCAGCACCGUAAAUCCCUUACAAUACUCAGAGCUGGAGGAGCGAGAGGGACGCGCCUAGACACAAAGCGUCUCCAUCACUGUAAAAUAUGAGAGACAUUGACAUUCGAUUACAGAUUGAUUAUCACCACUCCUUCCGAAUUUUGGGUGAAAUAAUAUAUUGGUUUUGAUGUGUCGUGGAACAAUGUGGAAUAGACUGCCUGUGUGGCAGGUGCUGCUUUGGUGGCAUCAUUUCUUCCUCUUGUGGACUACAAUAGACGGACAGACUCGCUACACCAUCCCGGAGGAACUGAAACAGGGCUCUGUGGUAGGAAAUCUAGCCAGAGAUCUGGUUUUGGGACUAUCUGAGAUUUAUCGUCGUAAAUUACGAAUAACCUCGGAAGCUGGUAAGCAGUAUUUCAGUGUGGAUCUGGGGAAAGGAGAGCUGGUCGUCAUUGAAAGGAUAGACAGAGAGGAACUGUGUGGACGAAGAGUUCCGUGUAUUUUGCCUUUGGAGAUAGUGAUUGAAAAUCCCUUGCAGCUUCACCGAGUUGAUAUUGAAAUACAGGAUAUCAACGAUAAUUCUCCCAGCUUUCCGACCAAAGAAAAAGUAUUAAAGAUUGCAGAGUCAAUAAACCCAGGCGCAAGAUUUCCACUCGAAAGCGCACUGGAUACUGAUGUCGCUGCGAAUACAAUACGCUCAUACACAAUUAACAAAAACGACCAUUUCAAAUUGAAUGUCAAAAAUCACAAGGAUGGUAGCAAAACCCCAGAACUGGUCCUUGAAAGGUCUCUGGACCGGGAGAAGCAACCUAUCCAUAAGCUUAUUCUCACCGCUGUAGAUGGGGGGGAUCCAGUUCGUUCAGGAACCUCUGAGAUUAGUAUCAUGGUACUUGAUAUUAACGAUAACGCACCGCAGUUUGAGAGACAACUUUAUGAGGCUAAUGUUAACGAAAAUGCAGCACCUGGCACUGAGAUUUUACGAGUAAAAGCGACAGACCCGGACGAGGGACUAAAUGGGGAGAUAGAGUACGUAUUUGGAGAACAGACGCCAGGCUCAGUGACUGCAUUGUUUGAUAUAGAUUCUUCGACAGGAGUGAUUGUAAUAAAAAAAAAACUCAACUAUGAGCAGACGAGCUUAUAUAAAUUUGACAUAGUCGCUAAAGAUAAAGGCAACCCGGAGAUGGACGGGCAUUGUGAUGUUGAAUUUAAAAUGAUUGAUGUUAAUGACAAUAUUCCAGAGAUAAUUGUGACGUCUCUAACGACACCUGUUCCAGAAGAUUCACCCAUCGGAACCGUGAUAGCUUUGAUAGGCGCCAAAGACUCCGACUCGGGGGACAAUGGGAAGGUGCGGUUAAGCGUGUCACCAAAGUCUCCAUUCAAGUUGAACCCGUCCGUAUCCAAGCAUUACACACUGGUAACUAAUGCUCCUCUUGACCGUGAGCGUUACUCUCAGUAUAGUAUAGAAAUCAGUGCCAGUGAUUCAGGGAAACCCCCUUUAUCCAGCAAGAAAACAAUCAUUGUUGAUGUGUUAGAUGUGAAUGACAAUCCGCCGCUUUUCUCUCAGCCCUCGUACACCGUGUACGUGAAAGAGAAUUACACACCAGGGAAACUACUAUGUUCAGUCUCCGCCACUGAUUCAGACCUGGGGGAUAACGCGAAAACCUCCUACUCCAUCCUAGAGUCCAAAGUGCAGGACGUCUCUGUAUCCUCCUAUGUGUACAUUAACUCUGAUAACGGUAGUAUCUACAGCAUGCACUCGUUUGACUAUGAGAAAGUAAAGGUGUUUCAGAUUCUGGUGCAGGCCAAGGACCACGGCUCUCCCUCUCUGAGCAGCAACGCCACUGUCCAUGUUUUUAUCCUGGACCAGAACGACAAUGCCCCCGCUGUUAUUUACCCCUCCGCUGCCCUGGGCUCGCUCUCUCACCAGAAGAUGCCCCGCUCCGCUAAAGCAGGCCACCUGGUUACUAAGGUAACGGCCGUGGACGCAGACUCGGGCCAUAACGCCUGGAUCUCAUAUAAACUGGUGGAGGCCACAGACGCGUCUCUGUUCAGUGUCAAUCUUUACACGGGGGAGGUGAGGACUAAACGAGCUGUGUCUGAGCAGGACGACUCCUCUCAGAGGCUGCUUAUAGAGAUACAGGAUGAUGGGGAGCCGGUCCAGUCCGCCACGGUCACACUGGCAAUACUGGUAGAAGACGGGCUCCACGAACCCAUCUUGGACCUCCGGCAGAAAGCGCCAGAGCCUAGCAAGAAAAGCGGGAGAAUCACCCUGUAUUUGAUUCUCUCUCUGGCCUCGGUGUCCGUGCUGUCUCUGGUGACUUUUGUCAUCUUAGCAGUCAAGUGCGUUAGAAACAGCAGGAGCAGCGGUAGUUGCUGCAUGAGACGGGACGACUUGGACGGCUACAAGAACCCCAACAGAAACCUGCAGAUCCAGCUCAACACUGACGGGCCGAUUAAGUACGUGGAGGUCCUGGGAGGGGACAUGUUGUCUCAGAGUCAGUCCUUCAGGUCCUGUCUCUCUCCCAUGUCAGAGUUCAGUGAUUUCACCUUCGUUAAGCCCAGCAGCACCACCGACUUUAAGGAGAUGAUCAACGUCCUAGACGCGUCUUUACCCGACAGCGCCUGGAGCUUUGAGAGCCAGCAGCAAAAGCCUCCUAACGCCGACUGGCGCUUCACCCAAGGACAGAGACCUGGACCCAGUGGGGCUGGAGGUCCCCCUGAGAUGGCCAUGGGAACAGGACCCUGGCCCAACCCCCCCACUGAGGCCGAGCAGCUCCAAGCCCUGAUGGCCGCAGCCAACGAAGUGAGCGAGGCGACUGCAACCCUGGGACCGGGCACCAUGGGACUCAGCACCCGUUACAGCCCCCAGUUCACCCUGCAGCACGUGCCCGACUACCGUCAGAAUGUCUACAUCCCUGGCAGCACGGCCACCUUGACCUCCAACCCCCAGCAGCAGCAGCAGCAGCAGAUGCUGAUGCAGCAGCAGAUGGCAGCCCAACAUCAGGCCCUGCAGGCCCAGCCCUCUGAGGCCGCCGCUCAGCCUGAACCCCCCAAGCCUGCCCAGACCCCCGCCUCCAAGAAGAAGUCCACCAAGAAGGAGAAGAAGUAGGAUGGGUGGAGGAUGGAUAGAUAUGGAAAAUACGAUGAGAAGAGAGAAAACCGACCCGAUGAGAACUGAAGUCUCCCCCCCCAAUCCCCUACAUCUCCUCUCAAUGCGUUUACUCUAACCAGGGUCUGGAUUCUAUUGGUCACGCUCAUAUGAUAACACGAAAUACGGAGAUGUUUGCGAAUGUUUGUCUUUGGGCUCUUGAAUCUGGAAUGCGUUGAAGGUUUAAGAGCGAACAGCGUUGACAUUUUGUUCUCUUUCUGAAAGCUAUCUAGAAACAGUUGUUUUUUGGAAAGCCUGUGUUGUAAAAAAAAAACAAGUAUUAAUACUAUUUGCAGAUAUGGAAGACUGGGGGUUCAGGGUGGAUUGUGUUUUGGUUAAAUCAAUGAAUUUGGAUUCACUUCAGACACAACCGUUUGAGUGUAAGCAACUUUGCUUGGAUAACAAGGCUUUGGCCAGUGACGUAUUCACAGGUGGAUAUUUUAACCAUGUUCCAUAAGAUCUAUCAUGUUGGAUCAUAAUUAUAAUUCCUUAUUUUCCUGAGAUGGAAAGUAGAUCCUUGUUGACUCUACUAGAUUGCCAUGAUAAGAUUCCUAUAUAGGAUCAGCCUUAUAGGAUCCUACAGCACAGCUCUUUGGGACAGGGGAAUGGGUAUUCCAUUGCACUGGUACAGUAGUAUUCCACUCUGCAUGUUCCUAUGUGUUCAAACCACAGACCUUCUAGAAGAUUCAGCUAUGCAUUGAAUUAGUGUUGCAAAGAGGACGACCACCUUAAAAAAAAAAAAAUACAGGUCGACAAAUCCCCUCGUGGCAUUUACCUGACGUGGUAGCUAAAAAUGAUAAAUAUUAUUUUGUAAGCAUAGUUAAAUGGUAAGAUUUGAAUCUUUCACUGUUUUUAUGACCUGAGCAUGAACCCUAUUAGAAAACUAGCACCAAGGGGGAAGGCCAUGUUAUAGUACUAUCAGCCCUAUUUGCUGGCUUGGUGGCAUAGUAGGCGCUGCCCCCUUUUAAAACUACCCAAUGGGUGUAGAGAGCCUCCUGCUGUCCACCCAUGCACCUCUAUCCCCUCCCCUCACUGGCUGUCCCACUUUGAGAGUCAGACCAGAGAGAUGCACUGUUCAUACGAUAAAGAUGAGACGUAGGGUAAAAAUAACUUCAAAGUAGAGAUCUUUAACGGCGUGCUUAGGAGUUAGACACUUCUUAGGCAGCUAGAGUCUAGAUUGAGUGUUCAUCCCUUUCUACGUACCCUGAAGUGCUGAUGAUUAUAUUUGUUGAUGUGGGAAGUGUUUUUUGAUGACACAGUAGUAUAAGAUAAGCAUGAAGUCUUUUCUUUGCCGUCGGUCUGUCCGUCUGUCCGGCAACUAGCUGGACACCACUGCAUGAAGAGGCAGCUUGCAGGCUGGGUUCAAGGGGGAGUGGAGAGGGGUGGGCUGAGGGGUACGACGUCUGGGUUGGUACAAUUAGAUUGACGGGGAGAGGGGCAAUGACCUUGGCUCUACUCACUGAAUGUACACAGGCACCACUGUUGACCCUCCAUCCUAGUCCACCCCUAAACGUCCUCUAAUGCACUGACCCAGGUUAGAGGUCAACAGAGCCAAGCACAUCCCUCCAUGUCACAGGAGAUACCACUUCAGAAGCAGGGAGGGAGGGGGGGGGACAGAGUUAGCUCCUCGCUGUAUCUAUCCCCUCAGUGUAAAUCCAUUCUGGCAAUGCUAACCUCAGACUCUCCCCUUGCUUCCAUCCCUCCACCCCCUGGUCCUGUGAAGGCUCUUCCCCUCUGUAAAUAAACACUAGUCCUGUCGAUGGUAUGAGCCAAUUGUUUGUAUAGUAUGGACCACAUCCAGAAUUUUUCAAACUAAAAAGUCCCCUCUCCUCAAGGCGUGGCUUACUGGAAUGUGUUGUAUUUGUUUUUCAAGAAAAAUAAGAAAACCACAGCGGAGGAGAAGAAAAAAAAACGAUUUCUGAAAUGUUCAACAGUUUGUGUUGCAAUGUAGUAACUGAGCACCGUGAAGGCCAACUAACUAACUCUUCAGUGUAAAUAUAAAGAAAGUUGCUAACAACUUUAGACGAUAAGUAAACAGAGUGACACACACGUAGACUAGUUAACUUGUGAUGUGUUGCGCAUAUUAUUGUGUUCAUUUUCUCUAUCUCUAUUUUACUACCCUGUAAAGAAACGAAACAAAAAAAAAAAUGAUAUUGAAAAAAUGUUUCUAUCCUUCUGUAACCUUUUUCUGUGCUUCAUCUUGUGCAUUUGCGCAAGAAUGCCUCUCUGUCCAUAUGAGCAAAUUAUUAUAAAUAUUAUAUAUGUGUGUACGUCCGUCCGCUGCUGAAUUAAUCCUCUCGUGCUGUAAUAUCUUUCUUAUGAAAUGCUUAGACCUCCUACGCUUCUCCCGGUGUUAAUCUCUUCAUUUUUAUGCUAAUAUUUAUAUUGCUGUUUUAUUUUCUCUUGAACACUGACAUUUCAAAUAAAAGGCUCUGAAAUCAUUAAA